AGGGGGGCGGAGCAACGUCGGGCACUGUCCAGGAAGAAAUUCUGGCGUAGGUAUAAAACGAUAGCAGUGUUUUGUGCGCAACAUAUUCUGCACAGUGUGUGUGGUCUAAGCACUGAAUUGUGAAGAUGGCUGACGACAGAGAUAAAGCUACUGACCAAAUGAAGACAUGGAAGGCGAAUCGAGGUUCUCAGAAACCAGAUGUGCUGACCACAGGCGGUGGCCAUCCAGUGGGAGACAAAUUGAACUUGCAGACUGCAGGACCAAGAGGGCCGCUGCUGGUUCAAGAUGUAGUCUUCACAGAUGAGAUGGCCCACUUUGACCGUGAACGAAUCCCAGAGAGAGUGGUCCAUGCCAAAGGGGCAGGGGCGUUUGGCUACUUUGAGGUCACUCAUGACAUCACUCGCUACUGCAAAGCCAAAGUGUUUGAGCAUGUUGGGAAGACUACACCAAUUGCUGUCCGCUUCUCCACUGUGGUUCCCAUCCUUCAUCCAUUCCCAGAAGCGCAAUCCCCAAACCCACAUGAAAGACCCUGACAUGGUGUGGGACUUCUGGAGUUUGAGGCCCGAGAGUCUGCAUCAGGUGUCUUUCUUGUUCAGCGAUCGAGGUUUGCCUGAUGGCCACCGUCACAUGAAUGGCUACGGCUCUCACACCUUCAAACUGGUCAAUGCCGAUGGUGAACGUGUCUACUGCAAAUUCCACUAUAAGACUGAUCAAGGAAUAAAGAAUUUGACGGUGGAAGAGGCAGACCGCCUGGCAGCCACCAACCCAGAUUAUGGAAUUGCAGACCUGUUCAAUGCUAUUGCUAAUGGAAACUACCCAUCCUGGACCUUUUACAUCCAGGUCAUGACCUUUGAGCAGGCUGAAAAGUUCCGGUUCAACCCGUUUGAUCUUACAAAGGUUUGGUCACAUAAAGAAUACCCACUGAUCCCUGUGGGCAAACUGGUUCUGAACAGGAACCCAGUCAACUACUUUGCAGAGGUGGAGCAGGCGGCCUUUGACCCAAGCAACAUGCCACCAGGCAUCGAGCCCAGCCCUGACAAGAUGCUGCAGGGUCGCCUCUUCUCCUACCCAGACACGCAUCGUCACCGGCUGGGAGCAAACUACCUGCAGAUCCCUGUCAACUGCCCCUUCAGGGCUCGUGUGGCCAACUACCAGCGUGAUGGUCCGAUGUGCAUGCAUGACAACCAAGGUGGCGCUCCAAACUACUACCCUAACAGCUUCAGUGCCCCAGAGACUCAGCCUCAGUUUAUGGAGUCCAAGUUCCAAGUGUCUGCAGAUGUUGCUCGUUACAACAGCUCAGAUGAAGACAAUGUCACACAGGUUCGCACCUUCUACACUCAGGUCCUGAAUGAAGAGGAGCGACAGAGACUUUGCCAGAACAUGGCAGGGUCCCUGAAAGGAGCCCAGCUCUUCAUCCAGAAACGCAUGGUCGAGAAUUUGAAGGCUGCCCAUCCAGACUAUGGAAACAGAGUUGAGACUCUUCUCAAGAAGUACAAUGCGGAGGCCAAGAAGGAUGCUGCCUUGCAUAUUUACAGCCGUCCAGGAGCCGCUGCCAUCGCCGCGUCCUCUAAGAUGUGAUGCCUUAAAUUUCAAGCGAGCAAAUGCACUUGCGUCAUAACUGACCACUACUGAAAUGGAACAAUAUUAGAUCCAUCAGGAAAGGCUCAAAAUAGAAGUAAUCUGGCUUUUACUGUUGUGGCUAAUUGGUUUUGAUUCAUUUUUUCCAAGCAAUUUAUUUCUCUAAAUUGUCAGCACUUAAAUUUUUCUGAAAGCUUUUGAGCUGCACCACAACCAGGCUG